AUGGCAUCAUUUGAGGCGACCAUUAGCCUGAAUAACUCUCGGGCAGCGUUCAUCGAACGCGUUUACAAGGAGCUGCUCACAGAAGAGGCGAAAAGCCUCACAAUCUCCAAUCUCCAGGGUAAACUCGAGAUCCUGGAGACCUACUGGGAAAAAUUCGAGAGCACUCAUGAGAAGCUCAUCGCUGGCAGCGGUAAGAUCGAAGGGGUCCUUGAAUUGCCGUACUUCAAGGACCAUCGGUUUGACAUUACUAUCGGGCAUUAUCAUGAGGCAAGGGGUAUUUUAAGCCAGCUCAUUGAUAAAAGGGGGAUCUCAGGUUCAUCUCGUCGGUCUCUCGCGUCUGGGACGGCUCAGCCCACAUACUCCAAGCGUUAUCUCCCUGAGAUUUCUCUGCCCAAGUUCGGAGGGGCCUAUGCGGACUGGCGCUCGUUCCGCGAUCUUUUCGCGUCUCUGGUCGGCUCGAAUACGGAUCUAUCCAACGUGGAGAAGAUGCAUUAUCUUCGUACUAGUCUCUCAGGGGAGCCAGCUCAACGCAUCGCGAAUCUUACGAUCUCGGAUGAGUCAUUCUCGAUUGCAUGGGAACUGCUCUUGUCUCGCUACGAGAAUAAGCGACUGCUCAUUUCAGCUCAUUUGGAACACCUCCUCAGUCCCCCAACCAUGACUUCUCACAGUGCCAAAGAGCUCAAUGCCCUGCUCACUGUCACCUCUGAGGCACUGAACGCUCUGGAGGCUCUCGGCUCCCCAACCUCCCAGUGGGACCAGGUGAUCGUACAUACGGUCUCGCAACGGCUCAGCUCAAAGCUUCGUGAAGCCUGGGAGGUCAAGGUCGGUUCAUCGGCGGAGUAUCCUUCAUACAAGGACUUCAAGGAUUUCCUCACUGGGAGAGCUCGCGCGAUGGAGAGCAUCGAGAUUAACUCGGUUCCUCGUGCUCCUGCCACAAAGCCCUCCAAUGUCAGCUCAUCCAAGCAGUCGACCGCUGCGAAGGUUCACCACGGCACCGCUCAACCACCACAAAAAUCGAGGCCAGCUCCCAAGUCCGCUCCAUCGGGGAAGGUCACGUACCCGUGCUCGAUGUGUGAGGCAGACCAUUACCUCACAUCCUGCUCAUCCUUCCGUCAACUUUCGGUAUCAGCUCGUAGGGAGGUAGUAGAGCGUCGCUACCUCUGCUACAAUUGCCUUGGUCGGCACUCGGUGAGGGACUGCAGGUCCAAGACCAAGUGCCAGUAUUGCGGGGGCCUCCACCACUCGAUGCUCCACAACCAGCCAUCGAGUCAGCCUCAACGUCCAGCUCAGCAGAGGCAACAGACCAACUCAACCCAGCAAAAGGCCGUUCCGGUGGUGACCUACACCCACGAGAACGACAUCCCCAUGGUGGUGACUGGUCACCACUCAGAUUCCGGAUCCGCUCCAGACUUCCGCCCUGGGGUCCUUCUGGCUACCAGCCUUGCGCUUUUGGUACGCCCAGAUCAGCCAGCUCAUCAGGUUCGUCUACUCAUCGAUCCAGGGUCGGAAAUCUCCGUCAUCUCAGACCAGCUCGUUCGUCAGCUUGGGCUGUUAAGGCUCAAGACACAGCUACGAAUAUCGGGGAUUGGAGACACGGCAUCUGGGCCGGCAUUAGGCAAGGUUCGGCUCACAAUACAGUCCACUUGCUCUCACUUUCAGCUCAGAGUUUCUGCCUAUGCUCUCGGCCAGCUCACAACCUCAUUACCGACAUUCUCACCAAGUCAGCUCACAUGGGAUCAUCUGGAAGGACUCCAGCUCGCUGAUCCCGAUUUUCUCACACCAGCACCAAUUGACAUCCUUCUUGGCGCUGAUGUCUAUGGACAACUCAUCUUACCACAAGUCAUCACCAACGGACCAAACUCACCAUCGGCUCAGCUCACGCGACUUGGAUGGAUCGUAUUCGGACCAACGGAAGGUCCUGAUACUACUCAAGUAGCAACUUCUCAUCUAACGGUCACCAACGAGGAUCUCAACGAACUGCUCACCAAAUUCUGGAUCCAGGAAGAGAUCCCUGGGACACCAGAGGUUCAGCUCAACGAGGAGGAAGCGCAUUUCCUCGCUAGGAGAUUCACGAUCGUCUGCACUCGCUUGCCUCCAUCGUCUGCUCGGGAAACUGAUGAGGUUUAUCGUCAACUCUACACAGACUUCCUCAGGGAAUAUGAAGAGCUCGGCCACAUGCGUCGAGUCUCCAGACAGCUCGCUAGAUCAGCUCAUCAGCGCCAGCUCAAUGGGGGGGGGGGCACGGGCACCGAAAUGACCUUAGCACAUGAGGCCUCGGCUUCAGGAGGGUUGAGGGUUUCGGGCCGUCCGUGUUCUUCUCGGGCUGACGCUCCUCCGGAAUAUUUCUUCCCUCAUCACGGAGUUCUCAGGGCGAGCAGUGAGACAACGAAGCUCAGAGUUGUUUUCAACGGCUCCAACAAGACCAGCUCAGGACAAUCGUUGAACGAGAUUAUGCACACGGGUGAGAAGUUGCAGAAGGAUAUCUCGGAUGUACUUCUCUUUUCUCGGCGGAAACGGCUCAUUUUCAUGACGGACAUAACCAAGAUGUUUCGUCAAAUUCGGGUACAUCCGGAAGAUCGGCCACUCCAACAAAUAGUCUGGACCGACUCAAACGGAGAUAUCGCCACAUAUCAACUCACCACGGUCACAUAUGGCACUAGGUCAGCUCCGUUCCUCUCAAUGCGUGUUCUUCAUCAGCUCGUUGAGGAUGAAGGAUCGAACUAUCCUCUCGCUGUGGAACCGCUCAUGAAAGGACGAUAUGUUGACGAUAUCUGCGGGGGUGCUGACUCAGAUGAAGAGCUACUCAGGACCGCUCAUCAGGUGACACAGCUCUGUCGGUCAGGAGGCUUUCCGCUAGCCAAAUGGCACUCAAAUAGCCCAGCUCUACUCACAUCUCUUCAACCUGACAGCACCUCUCAAGAACAACGAUUCAUAGAGGACUCGCUCACCAAGAUUCUAGGGGUUUCUUGGCAUCCUGGAACGGACAACUUCAAGUUCUCCGUCACUCAGCCUGAGACCAGCUCAAUAACGAAGAGAAUCAUUUUAUCGGAAACGGCUCAACUCUUCGAUCCACUGGGUUUCCUAGCGCCAGUGGUCAUACGAGCGAAGAUAUUGCUCCAGGCUCUAUGGAUCGAGAAACUGGGAUGGGACGAACCAGUUUCCCAGACAACUGCUCAACGAUGGAGCCAAUUCAGGGAGGAGCUCACACAGUUAUCAGAGAUCACCAUACCUCGGUGGCUUGGACUGCUCACGGAUUCCGUCGUCGAAGUACACGGUUUUCCCGAUGCAUCACAAGUGGCGAUGUCAGCCGUGAUCUAUCUCAAGGUCCUCAACAAGGGAAAAUCACAACUCACAUUGGUUUGCUCAAAAACGAAGGUCGCACCGCUCAAACGGCUGACAAUCCCACGACUAGAACUCACUGCGGCUCUCCUCCUGGCCAAACUGACUAACUGGUUCAAGCUUGACUCAACCCUGACUCAUCGGACAUUGGUGGACAAACGUGGACCAUAA